CCUCCGUAGUAAACGGAAUGUUAUGAAUUGUUAUUAUUAUUUACUCAGAGAAGAAACUAUUAGAUGUAAUUACCACACACGACAUACAGACGGCAAAAGACGAUAUUUUUUUGCUAUAAUACACUGUUUUUCUAACAUAAACAGUUAAUAUAUUCAUCACCGUAUACAGAUCGGGCUAACGGUACAUUGAAUACUAACAGAGAAGCGAGAGAAAGCGUAGAGGAUUUCAUUCGAGUGAAAGCCAGACGCCGGUGCACAAGUUGUGUUUCGAACGCAAAAUAUAACCUCGAAAAUGUCCCUCUUGAUAACGUCAGCGGCCAUAACAAUAACAAUUGCGUCAGCAAUUUACUGGUACAUCAACAGACAUAAGCCGAUCAAACAUAUACUGAGUGAAUUGAGAUACACGAUUGACAUGCAAGGAGCCGGCGCAGGAGGCUUGAUAGACGACUGGGUGAGUGUAUGGAUAAAUAAAAUAGAGUUGCCCGACGCGUCAAACAAAAUAGCUGUGAUAACGGGCGGCGCUCGCGGAAUAGGCACGGAAGUCGUACGUGGACUUCUGAAGGCAAACAUGACCGUUAUAAUGGGUGUUCGAAAUCCAAAUUCUGUUGAAAAAUUCAUUGAAACAAUGGAAAACGGAAAGAGAAUUCGAGCAUUUCCAUUGGAUCUAUUGUCUUUGGAAUCAGUUAAGAAGUUCGCUGAUAGUGUACUCAAGGAAUUUCCAGAAAUACACCUAUUAGUAAACAAUGCUGGCAUUAUGUUUGGGGAUUAUAAACUAACCAAAGAUGGUUUUGAAACGCAACUGGCUGUGAAUCAUUUGAGUCAUUUUUAUUUGACACAUUUAUUGUUGCCAGCGCUUAAACGCAGUGGGAGAAUGGAGGAGCCAUCCAGAGUCGUUAAUGUAUCAUCCUGUGCCCAUUUCCCAGGGAAAAUAUAUUUUGAUGAUAUUAAUAUGAAGGAACAUUAUGACACAACGGCAGCCUAUGCUCAAUCAAAACUAGCGCAGCUAAUGACGGCAAGACAUAUUAACAAGCUUUUGGAAGACAAAGAUUGUCCAGUGAAAUGUUACUCUGUCCAUCCCGGAAUUGUUGAUACGGACUUAUUUGAAAAAACUAAUUUUUCUUCUUUACCCUGGCUCCGAAGAAUGUUGUUUAAGACUCCAGAAAAAGGGGCCGUUUCGAUUCUCUAUGCAUGUUUUAACAAAGACAUUUUAGCCAAAGGUGGUUUAUACAUCAGCAAUUGUAAAGAAGGUUUUAGUAACAGAUUCUCUAAGAAUGAAAAGCACCAAGAAAAACUAUUUCAAUUGAGUUGUGACUUAGUCGGAAUUCAAGAACAGAAUUUUGGUAGGAAUUAGUAUUAUACUUUUAUAUAACUCAUAUAAAAUAAUUUACAU